AUGGCCGGCGGGCCUAGGUAUCAGCAGCAGUCGACUGGGCCAAUAUUUUAUCAGCAAAACGCGCCGAACUCGACUAUACAAAACGCCCACAUCUUGCAAUCUCUCCUUAACCACUUCGUCGCCUCACUCCCGCCAUCGCCGACACGAUCCCCAAACCGUACCGGCUCCCCGAGCCAGACGCCUCAAGGCAUGUACAACCACAAUCAACAGCAGGGGCACAACCCUCGGCUGAACAACAACCAGCCAGGCCGGGGGAUGCCGAUGCACUAUAACUUCCAGCAACAAUCGGCCCUCCAACACCAGUCCCACGCCCAGCACCAUCCGAGUCUCCAGCAGGAGCACUCGGGUCAAUCGAAUAACUCUGGCGCUAUAGGACACCAUUCUAACUAUUCUAGCGGUAUCCUGGCCACUGCGAGCCCGUUCUCGGCCAACCUGCCUAAUGGCCACAACUCGGUAACGAGGGGCGGCCAGGCACAGCCCAUCACAGAACACUGGGCUGAGCAGUUGCGCCUGCACGAGUUGUCCAAGCGAGCCCACGCUACUAUGCACGAUGAGGGGCAACCGCAUUACUACGCCAGAACAAAGGCCAGUGACAACAGGGUCGCGCCCUCAGCCGCCGGUGCCGAUGGGACUGCUGCCGAGGGGGAAACGGAAGAUAGGAGACGGCCAGUCCCUGCAAAACCACAAGAAAAGCAGUUGUGGAAGAACUUGGACUUGAGCGGGCAGCAGAUCAGGAGCCUCUCUAUGAGCCUGUUCAAGUACAAGUUCUUGCAGGAAUUAUACAUCUGCUCAAACAGGCUCGACACAUUGACUCCAGCCAUCGGCGAACUGCGUCAACUACGCAUCCUCGACGCAUCGCACAACAUGCUCAAAGACCUGCCCCCGGAGAUUGGCAUGUGCACAUCGCUGAAGCAGCUGCUUCUUUUCAACAACCAGAUACACACACUCCCGCAUGAGGUGGGGUCCUUACAUCAUUUGGAACAGCUUGGAAUUGAAGGCAACCCGUUAGACCCCGAAAUCAUGAGCGUGAUCAAGGAAAAGGGUACAGCCGUGCUCAUCAAGGAUUUGCUUGAGAAACAACCUGUCCCCAUGCCUCCCAUGCCCCGGAAGCCGAUAACGAUACAAGAAGAUGUCUCUUCAGCCCUAGAACGGAUAAAGGUGUUUUCUUGGAACAUUCUUUGCGAGCGAUAUGCGACCGAGAACAUGUACGGCUACACCCCAUCGGGGGCAUUACAGUGGGAGUACCGUAGGAGGAAGAUCUACCAAGAAAUCGAAGAGCGUGACGCAGACUUCCUGUGUCUGCAGGAGGUCACAACGGAAGCUUUCCGGGAGGACUUCAGCCCCGAGCUGGCAAAGCUAGACUACAAGGGCAUACACUUCCCCCGUACCAAGGCUAAGCUCAUGAGCGACAGGCAAAGUCUGCAGGUUGACGGUUGCGCAAUCUUCUACAAGAACAGCAAGUUCAUCCUGCUCGACAAGCAAGUGAUUGAACCUCAGAGCAUUGCCAUCAAUAGAGCCGACAUGAAAUCCCAGACCGAUAUCUUCAAUCGUGUCAUGCCAAAAGACAAUAUCGCGGUGCUGGGAUUCUUCGAGAGCCGAAGGACGGGCGCCAGGAUGAUAGUUGCAAACGCACAUUUGGCGUGGGAGGGUACACUGGCCGAUGUCAAAAUCGUCCAGACGGCCAUCAUCAUGGAACAGAUCACAAAGUACGCGGCCAAAUACACCAACUGGCCUGCUUGUGCAGACAAGAAGAUGAUUCGACUCCCCAGCUCGGACGAAGCCGACACCAAAGACGAGGUGCUCGUCGAGCCGGCGCCGUCCCAAGAGUAUCGCAACAACACGGACAUUCCGUUGUUUGUAUGUGGUGACUACAAUUCCACCUCGGAAAGCGGUGUCGUGGAGUUGCUGUCCAAGGGCCGUUUGGCACCUGACCACCCAGAGCUGGCAGGCCACGAGUACGGCAUCUUCACGCGCGAUGGCAUCGAGCACCCAUUCAGCCUCCGGUCUGCGUACGUACACCUUGCCAACACGCCGGACGACCUUCCCUUCACCAAUUAUGUGCCCGACUUUGCCAAUGUCAUUGAUUACAUCUGGUACUCGUCCAACAACCUCGAGGUGGUGGAGCUGCUCGGGCCGCCAGACUUGCAACACCUCAAGCGUGUGCCUGGUUUCCCCAAUUACCACUUCCCGGCCGACCACAUUCAGAUCAUGGCAGAGUUUGUCAUCAAGGCAAGGAAGGACAAGAAGGGCGGCGGCGGUGGACAAGGAUCAUCGGGGGCGUAG